AUGCCGCCGGAGCUAGACCCGACCCUAGUUUGGUCUCCGCCGGUGGAGGAGGUGUACGUUGCAGCCGAGGAGAGGCUGGAACCACGGGACAAGAAGCCGUAUAGGCGCGGGAUUACGAAACUCCCCAAGCUAAAAACUUGGGCCUUCCGCGAUGUUGUUCUCGUGCCCGCUGGAAAGAGCAUGUUCAAGUAUGGCGACCCGAGGAGGAAGCCGACACGUGAGUACCCGAACAUCCUUGGAGGCAUAAUUAGGAAGCAUUUCCCUGGGAUUGUCAAUCUCCCUACUGGUGGCCGCGACGUGGCUUGGACUUGGAAGCACUACAGCUACGCGGAAGAUCCUAGCGGCAAGUACGGAAACAUGCAAGAGCGGGUUGUCCGCCACUUCUGGAAAUACUUCAAGAGGGCUGAGGGCAAGGAAAUUGCGUGCGACGUUAUCUUACACGAGUUGUGCAGGGUGAGGGUGACUGGCAUGCACUACGAGGCACGUGUCCAGUGCGUCCGCGAUCGGCACGCCCGAGCGCAAAGUUUGGAUGAGUAA